CCGCGCGGAGCCACAGCAGUGCCACCACCAACUAGUUCAGAUUCCAUCUCCUCUUCUUUCUUUCUUUCUUUUUUUGACGUGACAGCGAGAAAAAUGGUGAAGGUUAAGUGCUCCGAACUGAGGACCAAGGACAAGAAGGACCUCACCAAGCAGCUGGAUGAGCUCAAGAAUGAGCUGCUCAGCCUGCGUGUGGCCAAGGUGACCGGCGGAGCUCCCUCGAAGCUCUCCAAGAUCCGCGUUGUGCGCAAGGCCAUCGCCCGCGUGUACAUCGUGAUGCACCAGAAGCAGAAGGAGAACCUGCGCAAGGUGUUCAAGAACAAGAAGUACAAGCCCCUGGAUCUGCGCAGGAAGAAGACCCGCGCCAUCCGCAAGGCCCUCUCGCCGCGGGAUGCCAACCGCAAGACCCUCAAGGAGAUCCGCAAGCGCUCCGUCUUCCCCCAGCGCAAGUUCGCCGUCAAGGCCUAGGAUGGUGCGUCCAGAAUCUGUGCUCCGGAUUACGGACAUGCCGGUCCUCUCGUCCGUCUAGUGUGCGUUAAGGGUUCUUCGGUUCCACGAUGAAGAAAAAAUACAAAAUAAAACCUUUUUUUUAAAGUGAA